AUGUCUCCCGCGAGUUCGAGCUCGCCCGGGAUACCACCCCCUCGGGUCACACUCCGCAUGCCUCAGCCGUCAUCACGGUCGUCAGAUGGCGACCUCACACCUGAGCCAGAGGAUGAGGCGUAUCCCUCUGAAGGAGAAGAAGAGCAAUCCGAGGCAGACGAUAUUGAGGAUUACGAUGAGGACGACGAGGACGACGACUAUGGCGAUGUCAAGAAGCGCGCGCCUCGACCACCCAAGCCGCCCAAGGCAGUCGCGACGCAGGCCUUUCCGACGCGUCGUCCCAAGUCCGAAUCAGACGACGAGGAGUAUGCGGUCAAAUCGCAUAGGAGAAAGGUGUUUGUGAAAGCUGGGAGUUUGGAAUCUGGCGGAUCAUGGCGGAGGGGCGCAACCAAGAAGGUCGUCACUUACGAUGAGACACAAGGGAAUGAAGAUCUCAUGGAGAGUGCUAGCGAGCACGAGGCGCCAGUCGUUGAAGGCGAUACCGACGAGAUUGAUCUGGUGCUAUCCCAUACUCGCCAUGAGGAACAUUUAGCGGACCCCCUAGACUUGCCUCAAGUCAACUUGCGAUACCACGUCAAAUGGAAAGGGUAUUCUCAUGUCCAUAAUACCGACGAGGUGUACACCUUCCUCAAGACUUACAAGGGGUUCAAAAAGGUCGACAACUACAUCGCCAAAGUCUGGGCGAUCGACCAGCAGUACCGCAACCCCGGAGACCAAUGGCGGCCGACUCGGGAAGAGCUCGAGCAGUACCAGAUCGACAAGGACCGAACACAGGAGCUACACGAGAGCUACAAGACGGUCGAGCGGAUACUCGCGUGCAAGGACGGAAAGUACUUUUGCAAGUGGACGAACUUGCAAUAUGCGGAGUGUACCUGGGAAACGCCUGAUGACAUCCCUGGCUCGGAGGCGGCGGUCGCGGAGUUCACUGCACGCCAAAAGCAGGCCAAGAUCCCUGCUCGGUCCAUCCCGUACGCUACUCGGCCGGCCUUCACCAAGAUCGAGACGGACCCGGGCUACCUCGGCGGAGACCUCAAACCCUUCCAGCUCACCGGUCUCAACUGGCUCGCCUACCUCUGGAGUAAAGGGGAGAACGGUAUUCUGGCGGACGAGAUGGGUCUCGGCAAGACGGUCCAAUCCGUCUCGUACCUCUCAUGGCUCUUCCACGACCGGCAACAGUACGGACCCUUCCUCGUCGUCGUUCCGCUCUCCACCAUCUCGGCAUGGCAGAUGCAGUUCAAGACCUGGGCGCCGGACAUGAAUGUCAUUUGCUACAUGGGCUCGGCACGGUCUCGGGAGGUCAUCCGCGAACAUGAGUUUGGUCCGCUCAAGAAUCUCCGAUUCAACGUGGUCCUCACCACGUACGAGUUCAUACUCAAAGAUAGGCAGGAUCUUCAGCAGAUCAAGUGGCAGGCGUUGGAGGUGGACGAAGCACAUCGUCUGAAGAACCACGAGUCGCAGCUGUACGAAGCUUUGCAGAGUUUCUCGACCGCUUCACGACUCCUCAUCACCGGCACGCCACUGCAGAAUAACGUCAAAGAGCUGCUCGCCUUGAUGCACUUCCUUAUGCCCGAUAAAUUCCAACUCGCCAACGACUUUGACCUCUCCGAUGCCGACCAAGAAGGCAAGAUCAAGGAUCUGCACGACAAACUGGCCACUCUGAUGCUGCGGCGGCUCAAGAAAGAUGUUGUCAAGGAGCUGCCGACCAAGUCUGAGAAGAUACUGCGGAUCGAAAUGUCUCCACUGCAGACGCACUACUACAAAAACAUCCUAGCAAAAGUCAGCUUGAUGAACGUCGCGAUGGAGUUGAAGAAGGCUUCAAAUCACCCUUACCUCUUUGACGGAGCCGAGGACCGUUCGAAAGCCGCCAAUGAGAUCCUGAAAGGACUGGUCAUGAACUCGGGCAAGGUCGUUCUGCUCGACAAGCUACUCGCCAGGCUCAAGGCGGACGGGCACCGAGUUCUGAUAUUCUCGCAAAUGGUCCGCCUGCUCGACAUCCUCUCGGACUACAUGUCGGCUCGGGGCUACAUAUAUCAACGGCUUGACGGCACGGUACCAUCCGAUGUGCGGAAGAAGUCAAUCCAGCACUUCAAUGCUCCCGACUCACCAGACUUCGCUUUCCUGCUCUCCACGCGUGCGGGCGGUCUGGGUAUCAACCUCGAGACCGCUGAUACUGUCAUCAUCUUCGAUUCCGACUACAAUCCUCAAAACGAUCUCCAGGCUAUGGCUCGGGCGCACCGGAUAGGACAGCAGAGACACGUCAGCAUCUACAGAUUUGUAUCGAAAGGAACGAUCGAGGAGGACAUUCUGGAACGGGCGAAGAGGAAGAUGAUCCUGGAAUACGCAAUCAUCAACCAGAUCGAUACCACCGGCUCGCAUAUCAACGGCAACGGCGCCGCCAAGGAGAAGAACGGUGACUUCUCCAAGGACGAGCUAUCUGCUAUUCUGAAGUUUGGCGCUCAGAACAUGUUCAAAACCGACGAAUCCGCCCAAGGCAAGAAGCUGGACGAGAUGGACCUGGACGAGAUCCUCACCAAAGCCGACGCCUUCGACACCGAGGCUGCCACUGGCGGAACCUCGCUCGGUGGCGAGGGCUUCUUGGCGUCUUUUGCGGAUAUCCAGGAUGUCAAGCACGAUGAGCUUGCCUGGGAUGACAUCAUCCCGGAGGAUGAGCGGGCAAAGGUGGAGGAAGAGACGCCAGAGGCUGGUCUGGCGCCAACGAGGAAGCGGGCUAGUCGGCCCUCAACGACAUAUGAUGAUGGUACCGAGAGCCAGCCUGGAUCGCCUCCAGCCAAGAAGCGUGCCAAUGUGGCUCCCCGCAAGUCUGUCACCGAGAGGACGCUGGAGCUGAAGGAGCGAGACCUGCGUGUUCUUAUCCGGGGUAUACAGAAGUGGGGCGAUAUCCGCCAACGCUAUGAUCCGAUCGUCAAGGACUCCAAGCUCGAGGGCAAGAACCGGGUCAUGAUGAUCCAGACCUGCGAGGACAUCAUCAGCGAGGCUGAAGCACAAGUAGCCAAGCACAAGGCACACGUGCGGGAUCUGCAGGAACGCGGCGAUCCCCUCAGCUCUUCCCUGCGACAAAAGGCGGUACUUUUCACCUACAAGAACGUCGCUGGUAUCAAUGCCGAGACCAUCACAUCCCGAUAUUACGAGCUCAAAGCGGUCAUUGAGCACUUCAAGCGCGUUGGCGACAUCGAAAACUACCGCAUCCCGGUCGACAGCCUGAAACCGACGACAAAUUGGUCGGUAGACUGGACGGCCGAGGAUGAUGCCCACUUGCUCAUCGGGAUAUGGCGUCAUGGAUUCGCCAGCUGGGAGCUGAUGCAUGUGGAUCCCUCCCUUGAGCUGGCCGAGAAGAUCUUCGUAGAUGAGCCCAAGGGUGUCAAGCCGGAGCCAGGAGCGCCUAAACCGCCUACACCGGGACCCAUACACCUUGUCCGGCGAGGGGACUACCUUUGUGGUCUUAUUCGCGAGCACGAGGAGACACGGCGGCUACAGCUGGAAGAGGAGGCAAUGAUCCAGAAGAUGCCGCCCAAGCAGGGUUUCGGGCUCGUACCUGCCUCUACGAGUCCCUCGCGGUCGACCAAGCCGGUCAAACGCCGGAAGACGCCAGAGUACACCGACUCGGAGGAUUCCAGCUACUCUUCGAUGGACGAGGAUGCUGUCAAAGAGGCAUUGCGGCCGGCCAAGAAGCAUCUCAAAAAACUCAAAGCCGGUACCGAUAAUAUGAGCCGCGAGGAGAAGAUCUCGGCGCUGAAGGAAUGUGUCUCUGCGAUAGGCACGCAGAUAGACCAGGUCGUGUCGGAGAAGGAGCGGAAUGGGUUCAAUGGGGGGAAGUGGCGGAAGCACUGCUGGGUCUUUGCGUCCUUCUUUUGGCCUCGACAAGGUGUCAAUUACAGCAAACUCAUGGACAUACAUUCGAAACUCACACGCGAGGCGACGCCACCUGCCCCGGCGGCAAAGUCAAAACCGAAACAACCACGUAAAAAGAAGCCUAAGACAACGUCUGAAUGA